AUGUGCGGUGCGAAAGAGAUUUAUUGCUGCCAAAGCCAUUGCAUUCAACCCGUUGGAUGGUAUAUUGUUGAACCAUGUGAUGCAUUCACUAACACCAACUCUGCAACAAUUCAAGCUUUUGAUGGCGCUGUUUGGAGCCUGAACUGGAACACCACUGCUUGUGGCUGCUCAGUACCAAGUGUUCUGAGAAGACAAAGAUGCAGAUACAGGACAUGUAGCAAAUGCUCUUGGAUUGCAAUAGAUUUGGCUUUUUCAACUAUGCAGCUGUGGGCUGAGAGUGCUAAGGAAUAUCCAACAUGGUGGGCACAAAGCAAAGGCGACUACUUGUUGUUUCGAAGGACAAAGAUGAGGUUGAAAAACGACUAUGAGCUUUCUCAAGGAAAUAACAGCAAGCAGCGGACUAUGGGCCUUCAGAAGAAUUCCGCUACUGUCAACUGUCGCCAAUAUGGGACAACAAAUAGCUUGUCGAAUAUAGCAGAGGCAGCUGAUUUGAUACAGUGGCCCUUUUUAGAGGGAAUUAUUGAUGGUCGUUUGAACAUCUUCAAUUCAGCUCUCUACCAAACCCGGGAAGCAACACGUGGUGACAAACGGGGUGGCAGCGUGGAAGACAAAUUUAUGACAGCACAAGGCCUGCAGGUGCCUGCAGUAUCAGACUUCAAUCUAGAAGUACCAAACGCCCCAUUCGAGAUCGAUAAGGUUCUUCAUUUCGACUAUCCUCCAGCUGCUUUGCCGCAAUAUAUUUAUGGACCGCCGCUGCCUGUUUCGAUUGACCAAGAACACUGUGACAAGGAAGAACAUGCCAAUCAACUGUCUCGAUUACGGGCUGAAGAUUUAACACAAACUUCAGGUGUACAGCACGCAGGAUUCGAUUUCAACGACCCUUUCUGGGCGGAUUUGUUUGCGUCCAGUGGUGAUAUAGCGCUAAACAAGGAUAUAGAUACAUAUCAGGGGGAAAGUAGCUGGGAACACUCGAUUUGA